AACUUUUGGCCCGUUUGGAAGCGGGAACCAGGACAACCUGACUAUGUACAUGGAUUUAGUGGAUGGCAUCUUUCUGAACCAAAUCAUGUUGCAAAUAGACCCCAGGCCAAGCAAUCAGCGCAUCAACAAGCAUGUCAACAACGACGUGAACCUCCGCAUCCAGAACCUGACCAUCCUGGUGAGAAACAUUAAGACCUACUACCAGGAAGUUCUCCAGCAGCUGAUCGUAAUGAAUUUGCCCAAUGUUUUGAUGAUUGGCAAAGACCCACUGUCCGGGAAAAGCAUGGAGGAGAUUAAGAAGGUGCUGCUGCUGGUGCUGGGCUGUGCCGUCCAGUGUGAGAGGAAGGAGGAGUUCAUUGAGAGAAUCAAACAGCUGGACAUCGAGACCCAGGCUGGCAUUGUGGCUCACAUCCAAGAGGUGACCCACAACCAGGAGAACGUGUUCGACCUGCAGUGGCUGGAGCUGCCGGACGUGGCCCCGGAGGAGCUGGAGGCCCUGUCCAGGAGCAUGGUGUUCCACCUGCGCCGGCUCAUCGACGAGAGGGACGAGUGCACCGAGCUGAUCGUGGACCUGACACAGGAGCGGGACUACCUGCAGGCACAGCACCCACCCAGCCCCAUCAAGUCCUCCAGCGCCGACUCCACGCCCAGCCCCACCAGCAGCCUUUCCAGCGAGGACAAGCAGCACCUGGCCGUGGAGCUGGCCGACACCAAGGCCAGGCUGCGGCGCGUCAGGCAGGAGCUGGAGGACAAGACGGAGCAGCUUGUGGACACCAGACAUGAGGUAGAUCAGCUGGUGCUGGAGCUACAGAAGGUCAAGCAGGAGAACAUUCAGCUGGCUUCUGACGCCCGGUCAGCCCGGGCCUAUCGGGAUGAGCUGGACUCCCUGAGGGAGAAGGCGAACCGCGUGGAGAGGCUGGAGAUGGAGCUGGUCCGCUGCAAGGAGAAGCUGCACGACGUGGACUUCUACAAGGCCCGCAUGGAGGAGCUGAGAGAAGACAACAUCAUUUUAAUCGAAACGAAGGCCAUGCUGGAGGAGCAGCUAACAGCCUCCCGGGCCCGCAGUGAUAAGGUCCACGAACUGGAGAAAGAGAACCUGCAGUUGAAAUCCAAGCUCCAUGACCUGGAACUGGACCGAGACACAGAUAAGAAACGAAUUGAAGAGCUGCUGGAAGAAAACAUGGUCCUUGAGAUUGCACAGAAGCAGAGCAUGAAUGAGUCUGCCCAUCUGGGCUGGGAGCUGGAGCAGUUGUCCAAGAAUGCAGACAUGUCAGACGCCUCCAGGAAGUCGUUCGUGUUUGAGCUGAAUGAGUGCGCCUCCAGCCGCAUCCUGAAGCUGGAGAAGGAGAACCAGAGCCUGCAGAGCACCAUCCAGGGGCUGCGGGAUGCAUCGCUGGCGCUGGAGGAGAGCAGCCUCAAGUGCGGGGAGCUGGAGAAGGAGAAUCAGCAGCUGAGCAAGAAGAUCGACAAGUUGCAGACUCAGCUGGAGAGAGAAAAGCAAAGCCACCAAGACUUGGAGACCCUCAGCGAAGAGCUGAUCCGGGAGAAGGAGCAGCUGCAGAGUGACAUGGAGGCCCUGAAGGCUGACAAGGCCCGGCGGAUCAAGGAUCUGGAGCAGGAGAAAGACCACCUCCACCAGGCCGUGUGGUCGCUGAGGGAGCGGUCGCAGGGCAGCGGCGAGGCCCGCGGGAAGGAUGUGGAGAAGGAGAACAGAGCCCUCCACCAGGCUGUGGCGGAGGCCAGCAGCAAGCUCAGCCAGCUGGAGCUGGAGAAGCAGCAGCUGCACCGGGACUUGGAGAAGGCCAGGGAGAAAGGGGAGCGGGCCGAGACGUUGGAGAAGGAGCUGCACCAGCUGGAGAAGGAGAACGAGCAGCUGACCAGGAAGGUGACCUCCCUGAAGACUGUCACAGAGAAGGUGGAGGCCCUGGAGCACGAGAGCCAGGGCCUGGAGCUGGAGAACCAGACUCUGAAGAAGUCUCUGGACACCCUGCAGAACGUGACUGUGCAGCUCGAGGGCCUGGAGCGAGACAACAAGCAGCUGGACAAGGAGAACCUGGAGCUGCGGAAGAUGGUGGAGACCAUGCGCUUCACCAGCGCUAAGAUGGCCCAGAUCGAGAGGGAGAACCAGCAGCUGGAGCGGGAGAAGGAGGAACUGCGGAAGAAUGUGGAGCUGCUGCAGACCCUGAGCAAGAAGUCGGAGCGCCUGGAGCUCAGCUACCAGAGCGUGAGCGCCGAGAACCUGCGGCUGCAGCAGAGCCUGGAGAGCAGCGGCCACCAGUCGCAGGCCCUGCAGAGGGAGCUGGGCGAGCUGGAGGCCGAGCACCAGGCCCUGCGGCGUGACCUGGAGGCCCUGCGGCUCACCAACAAGCGGCUGGAGAGAUCCGAGGUAGACAGGAAGGCCCUGGAGCAGGAGGUGGCCCAGCUGGAGAAGGACAAGAAGCAGCUGGAGAAGGAGGCCAAGCGGCUGUGGCAGCAGGUGGAGCUCAAGGACGCUGUGUUGGACGACAGCACCGCCAAGCUGUCGGCCGCCGAGAAGGAGAGCCGCGCACUGGACAAGGAGCUGGCCCGCUGCCGGGACGCGGCUGGCAAGCUGAAGGAGUUGGAGAAGGACAACAGGGACCUCACCAAGCAGGUCACCAUGCACACAAGGACACUGACCACCCUGAGAGAGGACUUGGUUCUAGAGAAGCUGAAGAGCCAGCAGCUGAGCAGCGAGCUGGACAAGCUGAGCAGCGAGCUGGAGAAGGUCGGCCUCAGCAAGGAGCUGCUACUACAGGAUGAUAACAGUCACGGCGACAUGAAAUGGAAAGUUUUGGAGGGCAGAAAUGAAUCUGCAUUAAAAACAGCACUGGCCAUAAAAGAAGAAAAGAUUGUGUUCUUAGAAGCGCAGGUGGAGGAGAAAGCCAGUCUUAAUCACCAGCUACAGAGCGAGCUACAGAUGAUAAAGGAGGAGCGUGAGCUGCUCAAGCGGACCCAGGGGGACCCUGUGCCCUCACAGAACUCCCUCAAGCACCCGGGGGCCAAGGCACUCGCUGGUCACCAGGAAGAGGAGGUCUGGGGACCCAGCCACAAGGAGGCCACGAUGGAGCUGCUCCGCCUGAAGGACCGGGCCAUUGAGCUGGAGCGCAACAAUGCCGCUCUGCAGGCAGAGAAGCAGCUGCUGAAGGAGCAGGUGCAGCACCUGGAGACACAGAACAUGGCCUUCAGCAGCCAGAUCCUUACACUGCAGAAGCAGAGCGCCUUCCUGCAGGAGCAUACCACCACGCUGCAGACUCAGACCGCCAGGCUGCAGGUGGAGAAUUCCACACUGAGCUCCCAGAGCGCCUCGCUCAGCGCGCAGUACACGCUGCUGCAGAGCCAGCAUUCGGCCAAGGAGGCGGAGCACGAGGGCCUGCAGCGGCAGCAGGAGCAGCUGGCGGCUGUCUACGAGGCCCUGCUCCAGGACCACGAGCACCUGGUCACCCUGCACGAGCGCCAGUCCUCUGAGUACGAGGCCCUCAUCCGCCAGCACAGCUGCCUCAAGACCCUGCACCGGAACCUGGAGCUGGAGCACAGGGAGCUCGGGGAGAGGCAUGGCGAGCUGCUGAAGCACGAGGCCGAGCUGGCCGAGCUGGAGAAGGCACUGACAACCGAGCGGGAGGCGCUGCGGCAGGAGCAGAGGGUGAAUGCCGUCACCACGGGCGAGAACCAGAGGCUGCGGGGAGAGCUAGACCGGGUGAACUUCCUGCACCACCAGCUGAAGGGGGAGUACGAGGAGCUACACGCCCACACCAAGGAGCUCAAGACCUCCCUGAACACCUCGCAGCUGGAGCUGAACCGCUGGCAGGCGCGCUUCGACGAGCUGAAGGAGCAGCACCAGAGCAUGGACCUGUCACUCACCAAGCUGGACAACCACUGUGAGCUGCUCUCCCGGCUCAAGGGGAACUUGGAGGAGGAGAACCAUCACCUCCUGAGCCAGAUUCAGCUGCUGAGCCAGCAGAACCAGACGCUUCUGGAGCAGAACAUGGAGAGCAAGGAGCAGUACCAUGAAGAGCAGAAGCAAUACAUUGACAAAUUGAAUGCCCUGCGGAGACAGAAGGAAAAACUGGAAGAAAAAAUCAUGGAUCAGUACAAGUUCUACGAUCCUGCUCCAAAGAAGAAGAACCACUGGAUUGGAGCCAGAGCCUUAGUUAAACUCAUCAAGCCAAAAAAAGAGGGUUCCAGAGAACGGUUAAAGUCAGUUGCAGACAGCCCGCCCUGGCAGCUUGAGUCCGCAGACCCUGCGUCGCCAUCGGCCUCUCAGCCUCUCAGAUCACAGCCAGAGAACUCGGACAGCCCCUCUGCAGGCUCGAACUGUGAAGAGCGCGAUGCCCACAACGGACCUGUAGGGAAAGGCCCUGGGGAUCUCAAAGCAAAGCGAGUGUUCCCACAUGGAGGCAGCGUGGACCGUCCCGAUGCCUCUGCUGACCCUGCCCUAAAGUCCUGGCCCUCGGAGCCCAGCUCCCGGACCUGUCCGUCAGCCACUGCGGCAGCCCCCUCCACCUCCACCCCCGUCUCCCGGCACACAGGAGGCCGCACCAAAGGCUGUGCAUCAGAUGAUGUCUGUGAGCCAUCCAUGGAGCUCGAGAGUGCCCUCCACAGGCAGCAUGUGUCACGGCCAAGCAGCUUGGAGAGCAGCAGAAAUGCGUCCAGCAACAGCUCACCUCUAAGUCUCAAGGGCUCUGACCAUCUCCACAGCCGAUCUGAGAGCUUCAGCAGCACAGACCUGAUCCCCAGCAGGGACCAGGCCACGCUGCCCCGGGAUGCCAGUGCCCUGGGACAUGGCGCCCUCGGUCGCCAUGAGUUCCCACCACCCCGGAACGGGCCUCUCCCGCACGAGGGCGCCCAGAAGAGGGGCACAGCUCCACCCUACACUGGAGCACGGCCCCGCUCGACCUCCCCCAGCAGCGAGAUGGUCACCUUGGAGGAAUUCCUGGAGGAGAGUAACCGCAGCUCCCCUACCCACGACACUUCCAGCUGCCGGGACAGCCUGCUCAGUGACUACUUCCGGAAGGUCAGUGACCCCCCAGGAUCACCUCCCAGAAAAGAGGGGGCCAAGAUGCCCACCAGCUUUGUGGCCCCCACCGUCAAGACGGCACUCCCCGCUUCCGAGGGGAGGCCGCCGAAGCCCGGGCAUUACGUGAAGCCGAGCUUCCGAGGUGCUGAAGCAGAAGCGCCAGCCAGCGUCGCUCCGCGGCAGAUGCAGCCUCCCCACAGCCUGUCCCUGGGCAGGUCCCGGCCAGCCACGAUGCUCGCAGCGUCUCACACACCUGCCAGCCGGAGCACGUCCCUGAGCCGGGCCUUCAGCCUGGCCUCCGCAGACCUGCUGCAGGCCAGUGGGCCAGAGGCCUGCAAACAGGAGUCCCUUCAGAAAUCAGGGGGUCCUGAGGCCUCGGGGGGCAGAGAGACAGGUAGCCACAGCCAGCAGAGCGCCGCGCCCUCCAGCUCCCACAGCCUGGCCCGGGAGCGGACCCCCCUGGUGGGCAAGGCCGAUGGCUCCUGUCAGGGCCUGAGCCCCCGCAGCCGGCCACUGGACACAAGGCGCUUCUCCCUGGCUCCCCCGAAGGAGGAGAGGCUGACCACCCUGCAGCUGUCCGCCACGGCCCCCGCCCUGGCCACAGCGGCGGCCACGGGCAGCAGCUCCCAGCUCCUGCACUUCUCCCCUGCCACGGCCCCAGCAGCCAGGACCAAGCCCAGAAUGCCACCACAUUCGGGGGAGGUGGCCGCCGUCACGCCUGUGCGGCAGGGGCUCAGCAUCUCAGAGACGGACGGGGUCCCGGGGCAGGGCUACAGCGAGGGGCUCCCAGCCAAGAGCCCCGGUCGGUCUCCUGACUCGGCUCCGCACACAAGCCGGAGCCCGGAGGACUUGAGCCGGGGCAGUUCGAAGAGCACCCCUGUGUCCCCGGAGCCGGGUGGGGACCCGCAGACAGUGUGGUAUGAGUACGGCUGCGUGUGACAUCGUGACGCCCGCCGCAGCUCCGAACCCUCAGCCGCCGAGGCGCUUUCUGCUUCCGAUGGCCUUUUCUCCCGUGCGCCCGUGGGCCCGGGCCGGGUUUAGAAUGAGGACAGGGCUCCCACGCGGUUGUCCCAAUUGUUUUGUUGAUGGAAAACACUGUGCCAAGCCCUGAGCUCCACUUAGCGCUUCCAGCACUGGUGUCAGGGGCAAACCCACUGAGCGUGGGUCCAAAACCCCUUCACCCCGAAGCAGACACUACUCCAGUAGGCCGAGAGCCCCCAGCUGCAUCCUGCUGACUUCCCUCAAAGGUCGCCUAAGACAGCAGGCUCGCCAGGCUGGGCCCAGGCGCAUCCGGAGAUGUCACUCGCUUCCCACGGCCACUGGUCCUAGGAGAAGCUGGAGCGAGGCUGGCGGCCCAGCGCCAGGCCAGCGCCAUCUCAUUUCUGAGGUCCAAGCCCUUCCCGGGAGGGUGGCCUUUGCCUCCUCUUUAAGCUGUCUCCUGGGUUCUGGCAAACUCCUGGGGCCACCCCGGACCGUCCCUCCUCCCCUUCCCUGGCUUCCUUCUCCACAAACACUGGACGCAGCGGGCUAGGCUGCCCUGGCCGGGAAUGAGCGCAGGGCACGGAGGCCGGGCCAACUGCACACUUGAAAGUGGGGGGGGGGGCGCGGGGCUGCUGCGCCCAUUUCCCUGGCCUCAGAUGGGUGAGGAUUUCUGAUACUCUGCGGGGAGGGGGGGAGAUACCAAAUUUGUUUUUAAUAUAUAUGUGCACAUGUGAAAGAUAUCUACUUUGGGGGGGAGGGGCCUAUUUAUGUUCUCUUCUGUCAGGAAUCCUGCCUGCUGCUCUGUGUAUUUGGUCAGAUUCCUGACACUUUCCGUCUCCCGUUGUAAUGGUGCUUCUCCUGGGAUGGACUAAACCUCUUGGCUUUGUUAAAGAUUUGGGGUUUUUGUUGUUGUUUUUAAUUUGUUGCUUUUUCCCUUUCAAUUUAAUGUGCUGAGGAGGAACUGGGGAGACGCUGGAAUGUUAAGACCCAUUGUAGGAGUGUUGGGGUUGUGUGUUACAUAGCCGUUUGUUCUGGAACACAAGGACAGGGUUGUAAUAAAAUGGAGUGGAACCG